AAAAAACAUUCAAAUCAAAACAAACAAGCCAGAAAUUUAUUUUAGAAAGUUCAAAAUUAUAAUUUAAAUUCGAUAAAAAUCCAUUCCUGUUCCUAAUAAGUAGUUGAAAAGUGUAAAGUGUUAUUUUUUACUAAACUUAUACCAAAAUAUAAAUAAAAUCAAGUAUAUUGAUAUUUAUGACAUAAACAUUAUUAGUUCGGUACUAUCGGACUGAUUUCACUAAUAAACGCAGUCCAAAGUACACAACCAUUCUGUUUUACAGGCAAACAAUGUCAUGUCAAGUGAAAGUGCAGCAGGGAAUUUUACAAGGGAAGAAGGUGAAGACUUGUAACGGCAAAGAAUACUACAGUUUUGAAGGAAUACCAUACGCGAGGCCUCCAGUGGGGAAACUCAGAUUUAGGAACCCAGAGGAUCCACAAGAAUGGGCAGGCGUCCGAGACGCGACCAAGCCGGGCAACAAGGCUUGCCAACCUAACCUCUCAACCGCCAAAAUAGAAGGCUGCGAAGAUUGUCUAUACCUAAACGUGUACACCCCUUGCUUACCAACCGAAGAAAUUAAAACUUUACCAGUACUCUUCUUUGUACACGGCGGUCGCUUGCUCUUUGGCUACGGAGAUUGGUAUAACCCAGAUUAUUUUAUGGAGAACGACGUAGUUUUCGUUACAAUUAACUACAGAUUGAAUAUUUUAGGUUUUCUGUGCUUGAACAUACCCGAAGCGCCCGGUAACGUAGCGCUGAAGGAUACGGUGAAAGCGCUGAAAUGGGUUAAUAAAAAUAUACUCCAGUUUAAUGGCGAUUUUUCAAAUAUAACGGUUUUUGGCGAAAGCGCCGGUGCGGCUAUAGUUUCAUCAUACAUGGUGACUCAAAUGGCAGAUGGUUUGUUUAGCAAAGUGAUAGCACAAUCUGGGAAUAUAUUAGCUGAUGUUAUAAUGACCGUAGACGAUCCUAUUGAAAGCGCGAAGCAUGUGGCUUCCUUAUUAGGCAAAGAGUUUCAUGAUGUGAAAAGUUUAUAUGAAUUUUUGCUAAAUUGUCCUGUGGAUGAGUUGUUGAACGGUUAUUUUAUGGCAGAAUUCAACCGUCCGCCGUACGUUAUAAGGCCUUUUUUCGCUACGGUGGUUGAAAAGAAAUUCCCGGGUGUUGCCAGAUAUUUUAAAGAGUUUCCACUACAAAGUGUUAAGGGCAAGAGAUAUAAAAGAGUGCCUGUACUACUUGGAUCCUCAACGCAUGAAGGAGCCUUAUUUGUAAGAAAAAAUGACGGUAAAAUUACUUAUGAAAACGAUCUUAACUCUUUCGUGCCGAGUUACGUCAAUUUCAAAGACGAAAUCGAGUCUGCGUUGUUCCAGAAUAAAUUAAGGGAAUAUUAUUUCGAGGGGAACGUUAUAAAUGAUGAUUAUAAACUUGAAUUCGCUAAUUUAUUGUCUGAUGCGUUUUUCGAUAGAGACAUAACUUUAUUCCCUGAAUUGAUAUCUAAAACGCAGGAUGUUUACUUUUAUAAUUUCUCUUACGUCGGCAAUUUAAACAUUAAAGUGAUGAAGGAUUUGGGCUUAAAAGGGACCACUCACGGAGACAUAAUUCAGUAUGAGAUUUACAGGAAGAAUAAGCAUGAGAUCGCUUCGGAGAAAGAUAAGGAGAUUUCCAAGUUUCUAGCCGAAUGUUGGUGCAAUUUUGCAUUGGAAGGAAAACCAUCAUGGACCGAUCAAAAAAUUGUAUGGGAGCCAUACAAAACCGACAACAAGAGGCUGUGUUUAGAUAUUAAUGAAAAUAAGACUAUAGUAUCUAAUCCUAAAUAUAAAAGCUACAAAUUUUGGAUGGACUUGUGUAGUGAACGUUCUAAAUUAUAAAA